AGUGAAACGGAAUUUCCCACGGCUCUGUCAAAUGCAUCAUUGGCGACCUCUGUGAAGUGGUAAACAGGGCCAGUCCCACCAAUGAUGUCUCUAACACCUGGAAGGGAAUGGAGGAGAGAUUCCAAAAAUUUCCUACAUACUUUACCCCAAACAGCCCAAAAGUUAAAAGUGCCUCAGUCACUGGAUGAUUUUGUUUUGAAGUUUGUGAGCUCAAGAGCUAAAGAAAUCUAAAACGGCUACUACAGGGAAAGUUGACGGCGAUGGACCAACCUCAACUAUAUCUACCAGAGCCCUUUAAGGUCGCUUAUGGUAGAGUGGGCCAGUACCAAAGACUUCAGCAACCCAGACAGAAAUAUGGCUCAUUCAAAAGGAAGGGGAUUCAAAGAUGGCAUAGAGCUGUGUCUAUCAACUUAGUAAAACAAAAUAUAUUGGUCCCCAAAGAAGAAUCAUCCAAUGAUAACGACAUGGAAUUUCAUGAAAGCCAACAAAAUCAGAAAAAAAUGAUGAAGAAAGUGAAGACUGUUUGGGGGAGGAUGCUGUCACGCAAGUAUAGAAGCAAGCCAGCAAGUCCCAGCAGAGCAGGCUCUACCAGCCACAGGGAAACCCUCCUUUCCAACACGCAGAGUCUUCUUCCUAGGCUUGUCAAGGAGCUCCCAUCGCCCAAGUUAUUUACCAAACCAAGAAUGAGAAAGCUCUCACAGAAUGCGACUAUACAACUUUAUGUUGUAGAAGCAGAGACAGAGGAAAUAACCCGAGGAAAUACACCUCUCCAGGCCAGGAGAACCAUCAAGAGGUUAUCUGUGCCAUCCCUUCCUUCAGGACUGCAAAGGGUUCCGUAUUCAUCAAAAAAGAGAGCACACUUUGCAGCCCUUAGAAAAAGGAAACAUAGAAUGGAAAACAUCCUCCAAAAAUCAGAUUUGACUGUAGGAAAGCUUCAAAUGCAGGUGGAUGACCUCAUAGAAACGGUGACAGAUAAAUCCACGAAGUUAUUGGCCCAAAGACAUGCUGAGCUUCAACAGUGUGAGUUUCUAGGGGACGAAAUUCUUCAGUCUUCUAAGCUGUUUCAGAGGAUAGCCAAGAAAACCAUGAGGAAGUAUAAAUUGAAAACUGUGUGUUUCCCAUGUACCUGCUGCUGCUUCUGAUUUUGUUCCUGAUUACAUAAAGGUUAUCUUUAUAAGGAUUCUUAUCUUCUGUUUUUUGAGGAAGAUUAGCCCUGAGCUAACUGCUGCCAGUCCUCCUCUUUUUGCAGAGGAAGCCUGGCCCUGA